AGAUGAUACUGAAAGCAUUCUUUCAAGUUAUCAACCUGAAGAUUACUUUCCUUUCUUCAAAGGAAACCUUACCUAGAAGAUCAAUAUAGGAAAAGAUGCUGGAGCCACAGGAGAAUGACUUGAUUGACCUACCAGAAGAUGUAGAAGAUGAAACUUUUCCUCCUUUCCCGCCUCCAGUUUCUCCAGAGAGAGGAAAUGGUGAAGGAGCUGAAACUGAUGAUGAGUCAGGAAGAGGAGCGCCUGUUCCUGUACCUCCAAAGAGAACAGUUAAAAGGAAUAUACCCAAGCUGGAUGCUCAGAGAUUAAUUUCAGAGAGGGGGCUUCCAGCAUUAAGACAUGUAUUUGAUAAGGCAAAAUUCAAAGGUAAAGGUCAUGAGGCUGAAGACUUGAAGACCCUAAUAAGACACAUGGAGCACUGGGCACACAGACUAUUCCCUAAACUGCAGUUUGAGGAUUUUAUUGACAGAGUUGAAUACCUGGGAAAUAAAAAGGAAGUUCAGACCUGUUUAAAACGAAUUCGACUUGAUCUCCCUGUUUUACAUGAAGAUUUUAUUAGCAAUAAUGCAGAUGAAGUAGGGGAAAAUAAUGGCCAUGAUGUAACUGCUACUGAAUUAGAUCCCUUUUUGACAAACUCAUCUGAAAAUGUGAAGUUUGCUUCUGAGUCAAGUAGAAGCCUAACCGAAGAGCAACAACAAAGAAUUCAAAGAAAUAAACAGCUGGCCUUGGAAAGAAGGCAGGCAAAGCUACUGAGUGAUAGUCAGUCCCUGGAAAAUGACUUGUCAAUGAACACAUCUAGGGCACAGACAGUUGAAGAUAUUAAUACAGGUGAGGAUCAAAAAGAGGAGUCAGAUGGACUUAACAAAGACAUUCUAGAUAAUCCACAUAGUGAUGCAGCUGCCAAUACUGUAAAUGAAGAGGAGGAAUUAAAGCUGGACCAGUCCUUUUAAAAUGUACAGCAGUAACUUU